GAAAGAGAGCAUUUAUCCAGUAAGCUAAACUGGCAAACAGAAAGGAAAUAUAUCUGCCAAAGGUUUUAAAAAACUUUUUGUUAUAGUAGAUGAAAAAUGCAUCUCUUGUUUUGGAGACAGUAUUCUUAUGCGAAUAAUACAUUUUGAAUGUUUUUUGAAUUACUAUUUUCUGUUUUGUCAUGGGACAGUUUGGAGUUCACAGAAUUUUCCUUCUAAUCAUUUCCUUGAUAAAGAGCUCGGAGAGUACAACACUGCUGGCAGAGUUUAAAAACUGCGGAGAUGUGGAGUGUGAAACUUUACUAAGCAGAGCAGUAGCCAUAAGAGAUUAUGAAGGACCUGACUGUCAAUACUUGAACUUCAAGACGGGAGAAGAGAUAUCUGUUUAUGCCAAACUUUCAGGAGAAAGAGAAGAUUUGUGGGCAGGAAGUAAAGGAAAGGAUUUUGGAUAUUUUCCCAAAGAUGCAAUCCAAGUUGAGGAGGUAUUCAUUUCUGAAGAAGUUAAAGUGCCAACUAAAGAAUCGGACUUCAUUUGUCUUCAUGAACUGAACUAUGUGUUUGAAAAAGAAGAGUUAUACAAUGAUGACGAAGUAACUGAUUAUUCAGAUGUAGAAGAAGAAAACCAAGAAUCUAAUACAGAUGGAAGUGAAUUCCAGAGAACACCUGAAAUUUACUUAAAUCCUGAAAAUACUGAAUUAGAUAACCAAUCCCCAACAACAGACAGUGCAGAAAAUAUCAGAAGUACAGAUGAAUCAGGAGUCUGGGGAAAAGAAGAACCUGAGAGUUUAAUGGAGAGUGCUACCAGUCAAGAAUCUCCAAGUCAUGUUGCCCAAGUGGAUCUUCCAUCAUCUUCUUGGGUUACAGGAUGGUUUGGUCUGGGAAGCAGAAAAGUCAAAGGAGAGACUUUUGAAUCAGCUGCUGAACCACAACAGGAAAGUUCAUUUCUCAGUAGAGAAAUAGCUGUAAGUGAUGAAAAUGACUUAAAAGAGUUAAAUAUUGACCAGCCUCUAGAAAAGCAUGAGUUAGACCCUACAUCAGAGUUUGAUCCUGGUCCGCUAGAAGAACCUGCACCAGAACCUGAGCUCGAAGAAGUACCUGAUGCUCAGACAACUUCCUGGCUCGAUGAUGACUUUAUAGCAUAUUUUGGUUUUGGCCAAAGGGAUCUAGGAUUUAAGUUAUCAUCUGAAGAAAAUACUUCACUACUAGAGAAUGCUUCACUACUAGAAGACAUUCCCAUCACUGUUCCAUCCAAUCAAGAACCCAUAGUUCCACAUACAGAAAAACCAUCAGAAGUAGAGGAGCACAAGACAAAUGAUCACCCAGCUCUUCAGCCAAGUUGGUUUGAUUUGCUGUACUUUGCGUAUCCCAAAAAAGAGCAAAAGAAAACAGAUAAACAAGAAAGAGAAGACAGUAGUGGAGGAAAUGAUAAUGAAAAUCUUUCAUCAAGUGAUUUUGACCUUGACAAUAAUGAAGAAAGAGAAACUGAUGAAACUGGGGAAAUUAAACAUCAAACAGACAAGGAAAGGGUUUUGCAGGAGCCAGGAGAUUCUGAUACUUCACCUUAUUUGGAAACACUGUUGGAUAAUGCUGAUAAACCUUUGAACUCCCACAAUAUUCCCAAAGAAACCAAGUCACCAUUUUUCAAAAAAUUUUGGGGUCAAGAUAAACCAUUUGCAAUUGAUAAAACAGAAGAAUUAUCAAGUGAAAGUCAAAUCAGAGAAGAUGUGGAAGUUAGGUCGAAAACCAAAAACAGUCAGUCAGACUCUAAAAUGAAACAUAAAGAGGAAUCUCAGUGGCAACAAGGAGAAAACUCUCCAUCUUCCACUCCUGAGAGGAACGGUGCUAAAGCAGAAGAUGCAUAUGAGUUUCAGAUACUUGAAUAUUUACUUCAGAUUAAAAUGCAUGACCUCCUGAUUUCUGCAGAAAAGGUUGUAGCAGCAUUGCCUGAAGAUAUGAGACCAGGUACUGAUCUAUAUGGCUUUCCCUGGGAAAUGGUGUUAUGUGCAGUUACAGUUGGCUUUUUUACACUUCUCCUUUUUUUGUGCAGAGGUUUUUAUUCGGUUAAAAGCCGACUUUAUGUAGGAAGGGAAAAACAGCUUGCCAAAAAAAUUUCUGAGCUGGUGGAAGAAAAAUGUAAGAUUCUUAAAAACCUUAGCCUUUGUCAAAAAGAGUAUGAAAAUCUAGAAUCAUCUUUAAAGGAUGGAGACUUUGAGAGAGAGUCGUUAGAAACACCCAAUCUGGAGUUGUUUGAAGGAUCACAGAUACUAGAGGCUGUAUAUGAAAAGCUGAACAGAGCAAACUCUCUACUUACGGAUGAAAUACAGUCUCUAGAAACAGACUUGAAAGAGGAGAAAUCUAAACGAUCAGAACAAGAUGAGUUGAUGGCUGACAUUAAAAAACGGAUACAGUCACUUGAAGAUGAAUCAAAAUCUAUCAAAUCGCAAGUAGCUGAAGCCAAAACAACCCUAAAAGUAUUUCAGCUGAAUGAAGAACGACUUAAAACGUCAAUAGAAGAUGCAUUGCAAGAAAAUUCCCAUCUUCAGGAAAGCCAAAAACAGCUUUUACAAGAAGCUGAAGGAUGGAAAGAACGAUUGAAUGAACUUAAUGAACAGAAAAAAAUGUUUGAAACUUCUAAAGCCAAUAUGGAGCAAGUUAUAACUAAUAAAGAAAGUCAAAUUAAGUCUCUGACGGAAUGCUUGCUGAAGAUGGAAGACUGGGCUACUGCACUGGGGGAAGAUAAUGUCAGCGAUAAUCAUUGCGAAGCUGAACUAAACAGUGACUCAGCAGUUGGAGACCAUUUAGAUGAUCACCAAAAGCAGACUGUGAAAAAACUGAUUUAUGCUGCUAAGUUGAAUGCUUGUUUAAAAACCCUGGAAGCAGAAAGAAACCAAAUAUAUUCUCAAUUGUCUGAUGAAGAUAAAAUAAAGGAAGAGCUUAAAGGUCAAAUCGAAGUUCUUCAUACUGAGCAAGUGUCUUUGCAGACUGAAAAUGCAUAUUUUGAGAGUGAGGUGCAAAAGCUUCAACAGAAACUUAAAGUAAUGACUGAAUUGUAUCAAGAAAAUGAAAUGAAACUUCAUAGGAAAUUGACUGUGGAAGAAAAAGACCGCUUACAGAAAGAGGAGAAACUUUCCAAAGCAGGAGAAAAAAUUAGUCAUGCUUCUGAAGAGCUUAAUUCUUACAGAGAACGAGCCAAGGAUCUUGAAGAAGAAUUGGAAAGGACUAUUCGUUCUUAUGAAAGCCAGAUCACUGCUCAUGAGAAAAAAGCUCAUGAUAAUUGGCUGUCAGCCCGGGCUGCUGAAAGACAUCUCAAUGACUUAAAAAAAGAAAACGCACACAACAGACAAAAGUUAACUGAAACAGAAUUUAAGUAUGACCUCUUAGAAAAAGAUCCUUAUGCCCUUGAUGUUCCAAAUAGAUCCUUUGGCAGAGAGCAUUCCCCAUAUGGACCCUCACCAAUGGGUCGGCCUUCACCAGAAAUGAGAGCUUUUCUCUCCCCUCCAACUUUGUUGGAGGGUCCACUCAGACUUUCACCUUUGCUUCCAGGGGGAGGAGGAAGAGGUUCAAGAGGACCAGGGCAUCCUUUGGAAUAUCAGAAUGCCAAUGAGAGAGGAGAAUUAUCUGAUCCACACCGAGCACCUUCAGACACUGGAUCUCUGUCACCUCCAUGGGAUAGAGAUCGUAGAAUGAUGAUUCCUCAUUCAGAUGAGGUGGCAUCUUCAGAAAUGGAGUCCAGCAGGAAUGAUACCAAAGAUGAUUUUGGUAAUUUAAAUAUGCCUGACCCAUCUCUCGCACCUCAAAGUGAAGCAGCUGGCCCAGGCUUUGUUCCACCACCUUUAGUCCGAGGUCCUUUGUUACCAGUGGAUCCAAGAGGGUCAAAAAUGAGAAGAGGACCUCCCAUCACACCCCCUCCUCCAGGAAGUAUGUAUGGACCUCCAAGGGGCUACUUUCCACCAAGUAAUUUCCCUGGCCCACCACAUCCUCAAUUAUCAACAAGAAGUGUCUACCCACCCAGGGCCUUUCCUCACUAUCUUCCCUCAAGAGAUGGGUUUUUCCCCCCACCUCCACAUCCUGAAAGCAGAAAUGAGCAAUCUUCAGGGUUGAUUCAGCCUUCAAAUGAACCUGCUGCUGAUCAUCGAGAGCCACAGCAAGAAACUUGACAGUUUUUUUGCUUCACCAAAAGUAAUUUAUGAUAUAUUUUUUAAUCAUCUCUCAUUCUCAGUUUAAGUAACUGCUGUUACUUCACUGGUUUUACUGGUCCUCAAAUUGAAGCUUGAUGAAAUAAUAAUUUUCAAUGUAAGGUUUUGUAAAUAAAGAUGAUUUAACUGAG